CACUGGUGUGGUGUCUUAUCGAUCAUUGGAUGCAACAUUAUAUUUCUAAAUCUACUUACUUGUGAGCAUUGGACGGCCUUCACUCCCGAGCGAUUUUUCAGGACUUGGCAUAAAACCGGAGCGAAAAUGGGGUUCAUCGAAUCAGCGUUAAUGGUCAUGGCGGUAUCGCUUUGCUUGUUCGUCGACGUACACCCGAAAAGCGUGGCGGUAUGCCACCCGCAAACCGCGGAAGUAUGCCACCCGCAAACGGCAGAAGCGAACGCGGACGCUUCGACAGGAGCCAUGAUCAUCCUGUCCCUGGCCACGACGCUGAACGAUCGGAUGGAGUACAUGAAAGACGUGGCCGGGGACAAGUACAAGAAGGGCAAGCCGGUCGAGGAUCUGCCCCGCGAGGAGAAGGUCAUGAAUUCCGCUGUCGCCAACGCCUCGGCCGAGGGGCUGGAUCCGAAUUCGGUGCGACCCUUCAUCCAGGCCCAGAUGGACGUGGCCAAGGACAUCCAGCGCACCUAUAUCGCCGGCUGGAAGGUCAGGCCCGAGAAGUGGGAGCCCAGGGCUCUCGAGGAGGUCAGGGAGUUCAUCUCCGCCGACGACGCCAAGAUCCUGAGGCUUAGUCGGCAGCAGCUUGAACUUGGAGGGUUUUGCGAGGCAUACAGGGCGCAGAUCUACAGGAGCCUCACAGCGCCGCAUAUUACUGACGCGCAUAGGAAACUACUGGUGGAUACGCUGUUUUGCGUUACGCUCAAGCAGUAGGAGUUUUCAAUUGUAACCAUACAAGCAGCGGGUAACAAUACAUUUUUUUACACAAAUCGUCACCUUCCAGGCAAAGUAUCACAAGCGCCAUGCGACGUUUAAAAAUUUCCGCCGCCAUUUUAUUUUUUUACAGAGAAAUUGUUCAAC